AUGGCCAUGAUCCGCGCGAUGACUUCCAUUCUUUUCUUGAGCUCCGCCGUUUCGGUGGGUGCCAUGUUCAAGAAGGGCGCCAAGCAGCUGGUCGAUGACCAUCUGGAUGGCCACAUGCCGUUGGCCCCACCCGCAGACGCAGCGGAGCCCGCACAGCCCGAUGCCCACGUGGCACUGGGCCAGGAGGCUCAGAAGCAAGAUUUUCCCACGCUUCCGCCUCUGGGCAACAUCGACAGCAUCAUCAAAUCCGCACAGGACACCCUCAACAAGACCAUCAAGUCCGGCAAGGAGGCGGUGGAAGGUGCCGUGGAGGGCGCGAAGUCCGUGGCGCUGGACGCCCUCAAGGCUGGCGCCGAGAAAGUGAACGAGACGCUGGACACGCUGGGCGGCGAGGUCUCUGAGGCGAACGCCACCGCGCGUGGCGCCAUGAAGAAGGCCGAGUCGAAGGUUCACAUGGCCGACAACAAGGCCGAGGCGUUCGCGGAUGCCGCGAAGGACCUCCUGCAGUCGAUCCUGCCCAAGUUUCAGGACCUCGUCGGUGGGCUCCACAGCGCCAUGGGCGUGGCCGACCAGGCACUGGACGCAAUGGACGAGAAGCCGGCAGCCAAGAAGCUGGACGAUGCCAUGUCGCCCGUCUUCGCCACCAUCGACACCUGGAAGAACUCGACCAACGAGGUGAUCAAGACUCUGGCUGCAUACACGAGCGAGGCGUCUGGCAACACCAGCAACGCCAGCAACGCCUCCCUCUUGGACAUGGGCCCAGAGGCCCAGCUCGCAGAUGCCCUCCGCGACCCCUUGGAGGAGCUGUCGCAUGCUGCCAGCAAGUUGCACAACUUGGCCAACGAGACCUUCGAUGCCAUGAGCAACUUCGUGGAUGCGGGGCUGGAUGCUGCCUCUGGGAAGCUGCCCAAGGACCUGAUCGCCAACGUCUCCGACAUCUUUGAGGGCGUGCAGGAGAAGGCCCGGAUGGAGUUGGAGCCGCUCGGCGCGGUAAGCGACGAGAUCGUGAGUGCCCUCUACGACACCGCCCAGGAGGCUGGGGUCGAGGUGAAGCCCCGAUCUGGUUCUUACCGCGGUGGCCUGACGCUGCUGUCCUUCGCCCUUGGUGCCCUCGCGACCUUCUAA